AUCAUCAAUCUCCAUGGCCCUUCGGUCUCCUCCUUUAAUUUCCCGACACUUAACCGUUACUUUACUUGCUUUAAUGGACAAAUCAACGGCUAGUUUUCCUGGUUUUUAGAGAAAGGAAUUGCUUUACGAGGUUUACACCCACCACAACUGAACAAAAGCUUAAAGCUGUACUGUAGUAGAGAAGUGGAGAAGAGGAGAAGAGUAAGAAGGGGGGAUUAGAAGAGAGAAGAGAUGGAUUUAAAUUCAUUUCUGACGUCUCUGGGUACUUCGUUUAUAAUAUUCGUGGUGUUGAUGCUACUGUUCUCAUGGCUUUCCAGUAAACCUUCCAACAAUGUUGUCUACUAUCCAAACCGAAUUCUCAAAGGGUUGGAGCCUUGCGAGGGACCGAGGUCGAGGAACCCAUUUACUUGGAUUCGAGAGGCUGUUACUUCCACUGAAGCAGACGUCAUUUCCAUGUCCGGCGUCGACACAGCCGUGUACUUUGUCUUCUUGAGCACUGUAUUGGGUAUAUUGGUUUUAUCUGGCCUGGUGCUGCUCCCGGCUCUUGUACCAGUUGCUGCAACUGAUGAUAGUGUGGGCUUAACUCAGACAACCGGUAAUGGGAACUUCAGCAGCCUUGAGAAGCUAUCCAUGGGAAAUGUCAAAGCAAAAAGUCCAAGGUUGUGGGCAUUUGUCAUUGGAACCUACUGGGUUUCAUUUGUUACACUCUAUAUGUUAUGGAAGGCAUACAAGCAUGUUUCCGAGCUGAGAGCUGCUGCUUUGAUGGCUCCACAUGUGAAACCUGAGCAAUUUGCCAUUCUUGUGAGGGACAUACCUCCAGUUUCUGAAGGCCAAACUCGCAAAGAACAGGUUGACUCGUAUUUCAAAAUGAUUCAUCCAGACACAUUUUACAGAUCAAUGGUUGUCACAGACAAUAAAGAGGUCAACAAAAUUUGGGAAGAAUUGGAAGGGUACAGAAAGAAGCUUGCCCGUGCUGAAGCCAUAUUUGCAGAAUCUAAAACAACAGGCAAACCAGAAGGAACAAGACCAACAAACAGAGUUGGUUUUCUUGGUCUUAUAGGUAAAAAGGUAGACACGAUAAAUUACUGCAAUGAGAAGAUCAAUGAACUUAUCCCAAAAUUAGAGUCUGAACAGAAGCUGACCCUCAAAGAGAAACAGCAAGCUGCUGCCAUUGUCUUCUUUAAUAGAAGGUUGGCUGCAGCUUCUGCAGCUCAGUCACUUCAUGCCCAAAUGCUUGACACAUGGACAGUGACAGAAGCCCCUGAACCCCGCCAAGUAAUAUGGAGUAAUCUUAAGAUGAAGUUCUAUGACAGACAGAUUCGGCAGGAUAUUGUUUAUGUGAUUGUGGCAUUAACCAUAUUUUUCUACAUGAUCCCAAUUGGGUUUAUCUCUGCAUUAACAACCUUGAAGAAUCUGAGAAAGCUUCUACCAUUCUUGAAGCCAAUUGUGAACCAAAAUGCAAUUAAGACGGUAUUGGAAGCUUAUCUGCCUCAGAUUGCACUUAUAGUUUUCUUAGCCUUGCUGCCAAAGUUUCUUCUGAUUCUAUCCAAGGCUGAAGGGAUCCCUUCUGAGAGUCAUGCUGUGAGAGCUGCCUCAGGAAAGUAUUUCUAUUUCACUGUAUUAAAUGUUUUUAUUGGAGUAACAGUUGGUGGAACACUCUUCCAAACAUUCAAGGAUAUUGAGAAGCAUCCAAACAAUAUUGUGUCCUUGCUUGGGACUGGCCUACCUGGAAAUGCGACCUUCUUUCUGACUUUUGUGGCCUUGAAAUUCUUCGUGGGCUAUGGACUUGAGCUGUCCCGCUUAGUUCCUUUAGUCAUGUACCACCUUAAGAGGAGAUUUCUUUGUAAAACUGAAGCAGAGUUAAAAGAAGCUUGGGCUCCUGGAGACCUUGGUUAUGCAACAAGGGUUCCCAGUGAUAUGCUAAUCAUCAUAAUUGUCCUCUGCUACUCUGUAAUAGCUCCUAUCAUCAUUCCCUUUGGCGUGCUUUACUUUGGCCUUGGAUGGCUUAUUCUUCGGAACCAGGCUCUUAAAGUUUAUGUCCCAUCAUAUGAGAGCUAUGGACGGAUGUGGCCCCAUGUGCAUUCACGUAUUCUUGCAGCUUUGAUCAUCUACCAAAUUACCAUGCUUGGCUAUUUUGCAGUGAAGAAAUUCUUCUAUACACCUAUUUUGAUACCCCUUCCUGUAUUGUCCUUGAUGUUUGGAUUUGUCUGUUCAAAGAAAUUCUACAAAUCCUUCCAAUCCACACCUUUGGAAGUAGCCUGUCGGGAAUUGAAGGAGACUCCAAACAUGGAAUCUAUCUUCAGGGCAUACAUCCCACCUUGCUUGAGCUCAGAUAAAGUCGAUGAUGGGGAGCAAUUUGAAGAUGCUCUAUCAACUCAAGUUUCAAGAACAGGAUCAUUUGUUUGAUGUAAAUACAUGACAGCAUGUACUUUCACCUAAAUUAUGUGUUCUUUGACGUAUUGUAGCAUGACAACACAUCUGGUACUGAGAUUGGUCAUAUUUUGCUAUAUAUAUAUAUAUAUAUAUGCCCUCUAUCUAGUUUUCUUUGUGUUUGGAGAAUUUUAUUUUGUCAGCAGUGUGAAGAAUUUUCUCCAUUUCUUUAGUGCAAUUUCAGACAUCAAUUGAGAUUUUCA